AUGGCGGCGCCCAGCCGCGGCGGGGAGGAAGCGUCCGCCGGUAUAAACCUCCCGCCGCCGCCCCGCGUGGCGCUCGUGUCGCGGCGCGGCGAGUGGGAGGCCCUGGAGCCGCUGCUGCGGGAGGAGCUGCGCGCGCGGCCCGUGCUGGGCCUCGACUGCGAGUGGGUAUCCACGGAAGGAAAAGCGCAUCCCGUGUCCCUCCUGCAAUUGGCUUCUUCCAGCGGCCUGUGCCUUCUCGUCCGGCUGCCCAGGCUCGUUGCCGGCGGAGAGCCCAUCCCAAAGACCCUGCUGGACGUCAUGGCAGACGGCUCCGUGCUGAAAGUCGGGGUCGGGUGCUGGGAAGAUGCCUGCAAGCUGCUUCAGGAUUACGGGCUGGCUGUCAAAGGGUGUGUGGAUCUGCGGCACUUGGCCGCGAGGCAGCGGAAGGAUCUACUUCACAACUGCCUUAGCCUGAAGUCUUUAGCUGAAAAAGUCCUGAACUACCCACUCGACAAGUCUUCUCAUGUGCGUUGCAGCAACUGGGAGGCAGAAGAACUGACUCAAGAACAGGUCCUCUACGCCGCUAAGGACGCCCAGAUCUCCGUGGCUCUGUUCCUCCAGCUGCUGGGCCUUUCCUGCCUCCCUGCCUCGCCGGGAGGUGAAAACUCUGCCGCGGCCUGGGCAGAGGCGCUGCGUCGGUGCCAGGGCCUGGUGGACGUCCCGUUCCGAGCGAGGAGGAGCAGCGGCGCCGGGGAGGAGCGGGGCGCAGAGGCGGGCUCCCCGCAGAAGGGCCGGCCUCGGAGAUGUGGCGCGGGCAGCCAGCAAGCGCGGGAUCCACGAAGGCACAAGCGAAAGCCCCUGGGCGCCGGCUACUCCGCAAGAAAAUCUCCGCUCUAUGACAACUGUUUCCUGCAUGCACCAGAUGGGCAGCCUCUGUGCACCUGCGAUCGCAAGAAGGCUCAGUGGUAUCUGGACAAGGGGAUUGGAGAGCUGGUUAGCACAGAGCCAUUUGUUGUGAAGCUGCAGUUUGAGCCUUCAGGACGACCUGAGUCUGAAGUGGACUAUUACCUUACUGUCAAGGAGAACCUGUGUGUUGUGUGUGGCAAGAGGGAGUCCUACAUCCGGAAGAACGUGGUUCCCCACGAAUACCGGCGGCACUUUCCCGUCCAGAUGAAGGACCACAACUCCCACGACGUGCUGCUGCUGUGCACGGCGUGCCACGCCGUCUCCAACUACUACGACAGCCGCCUCAAGCAGCAGCUGGCCGAGGAGUUUGGCGCCCCGGUGGGCUCCGAGGACGGGCUCCGCGUGCUGGAGGACCCGCUGCGCAGGCAGGUGCGCUCGGGCGCCCGCGCCCUGCUCCACGCCGACGGGCUGCCCGCCCCCCGCAGGGCCCAGCUCCUGCGGGGCAUCCAGGACUUCUUCAACACGGAGGAGGUGACCCUGGAGAUGCUCCAGGAGGCAGCUGGGCUGGAGACCAGGAUUUGCAACGAGAGCUACCUGCCCCACGGGCUGAAGGUGGUGCAGUGUUUUGCUAAAGGAGGCCUGCGCUCCCUCAUGCAGUUGGAAAGACGCUGGCGGCAACAUUUUUUGGACAACAUGCAGCCCAAGUACCUCCCAGAGCAGUGGUCCGUGGACCAUAACCAUGGGAAGCUGAUUCGGAAGUACGGGGAGGAUCUUCAGAUUGAGCUGUCCUGAGAGCACCUUCCUGGAGAGACUCGAGACAGGGCUGACGAGCCUGUGUGCUGGCUAUUUCAGUACAAGAGUGUACGGGGGACUUUUCUUCUCGAAGUGACUGUGGAGAGUUGAUUCCUACCCUUCUAGGAUGUCAGAUGCCUCCAGACCAUCUCUUUUUAACAUACAGCACAACAUGUGGACCUUUGUAGGGUUCCCAAGGAUCCCUAGGCUGUACCAGCAGAGUCUCCUGAGGCCUCGUGAUUAAGUCUCCUUUCUUUGCUUUUGGUACAGUUGAGUUCAUCUGACUUUUUGGAAAAGAAAUCUGCCAGAGAGAGAUUCCUUGUUUGGAAAUAGCAAGGAAACAUUUUUAUUUUCUUCAGAUUCUGAGCAGGAUUGGCAUUUUGGAUCGGUCAUGAGUUUUCCUGGUAGUGGCUGCCUGAUGAGAAGUGACUUUGCUCAACUCUGGUAGUGUAGGAGCACCCAUGUUAAGUCUCUUACUUUUUUUUUAAACUGGCUCCAGCAUCAUCCUGUUUCUAAAAACGUUCCUUCCCAAUUCGGCUCAUUUAUGAUAGUUUGUGGCAGGUACCUUUUCCCCAUCAGACUGAAAUGGGGUCAGAUGUCUUAAAAAGGAUGAGAGGAAAUAAAAUUUUACUUGAAGACCAGCAUCUUUUAAGAGGACAAGGCACACGUGACAGGCAGCUGCUCUGUCCCCGAGUCCAGCUGGUUGGGUGGCGAGUGGGUCGUGGGCUCUCCGUGCCUGUUUCCCUGUCUCUGAAGUGGGACUAGCAGUGCUUACCUACCUCACAAGGGUGUUGUGAGGACUAAUGAAUUCGUGUUUUCGUGAAAUGCUUUGAAAAUAGAAGCCAGUACGUGCUAAUUUUUACUGUGUUUUUUCUAAAUGUGCUCCUCCCUGACUUCUCUUAAAUAUUUAUGAUUUUUGCCUGGUGCUAGACUGCAGUUAAAUAUAACUUUUUAAAAAUAAAUAGCUUUUUCUGUGAAACUAACUUUGAUGACAUGAAUUGUCUUAGAUGACUCUGUUUUCCCUGAAUGAUGAAGCUAUGCUCGAGUUGUUCAAGUCUUUUUAAAGACAUUUCAG